AUGUCGAGUGGAAUUUGUUCAAAGUGUGCUAAGCCCUUCACCUCGGGUUCCAUCCUGAAUGCCAUGGAGAAACGAUGGCAUCCGGAAUGCUUCGUAUGUGCUGGAUGCAAACGCCAAUUGGCUAAUCAGUCCUUCCACUGCAAAGACGAAGUUCCCUACUGCGUCAAUUGCUGGAAAGAGAAAUUUCAACCACGCUGUUCUAGCUGCGGGGUGAUAAUUGAUCCAUCGGAGCAAUAUGUCCUGUACGACGAUAAAGCCUACCACAAGGGUUGCUUCAAGUGUAGCCAAUGUCAGACUCCCCUCAAUGGAAAACAGUUCUGCAUUGUCGACGGUCAAUACCUCUGUCCUGAACACGUUCAAUAG